AUGUUAGCGAAAUGGCUACGGUUAUGCAUUAUCCUUUUGCUGGAGGUUUCACCUCUGCUGCCGUACAGUUUUCGGUCUGAGAAAAUCAACUAUAUUUACGAGAAGGCGCUACAACAUAUUGCGGAUAGGAAGCGUCUGCAGAAGCUAGAGGGUGAACUGACGUCCUACGACAAAGUUUACAUGGACACCAAGACUCUUCCGAAGUACCGAGCAACCUAUGAACUUUCCAGUCAAGUAGAGAAAAUUGACAGAAAGCUCGCUACAUUACUGGAAAAGUACGACUUACAGGAAGCUAUCUAUGCCUUUAAGGAGGUAGUUUUUUUUUCUGCAUUAUUUGCCUCAACGAAACAAUCCCCUGAACUGGAUCGAUUCGAUGAUGAGCGUCUGCAACAACUAUGGGAAAUGGCACAUGGUGGAAAAUUUUCUGAGAACGAAUUGAGAGGCCUUAUGUGUGGCGGUUCUUUCAAAAAUCUUAUUUUUGGCAACAUUACGGUGAAUUUAUUUUUAGCGUUCAAAAAGGAGCUGAAGGAUGCCGAGAGGAAAACAGAAAUAUACCAUGAUGCACUUAAAACAAUGAACAAGGUUUCAAUAGAAAAUUCAAUCCACUUCGAUGACCAUCAGUUCCUGGACAUCAAGGUGAAGUAUCAGCACCUCCAAUUAUGUAUAAAUCCCUAUUUUCACGUUGCUCUGAUUGGGAUUUGCAGAAUUCGCAUUUGA